AUGGCCGAUGGUGUGGAAAUAUACACAAAGACAUGGAAGUCUGUCAUUAAUCCCCCAGUUGCAACUGUCAUAGCUUUACACGGAUUCGGUGAACAUGUUAACCGUUAUAACUAUGUAUUUGCAAAGUUUGCUAUAAAAGGAGUUGAAGUUUUUGGUUUUGAUCAACGUGGAUUUGGUCAAACUGCUGUUCGUAAUAAAAACCCUGGUCACACUGGUGGCUGGAAAGUUGUCACCGAAGAUAUAACUAGUUUCCUUAUUAUGAAUAGACGUCCGGGUAUUCCUCAAUUUUUAUUUGGUCAUAGUAUGGGAGGCGGGCUUUCCGCUAAUUAUGCUUCUGAUGGCCCAGAAAGAAAUAAUAUAGCCGGUAUCGUCUUAUCAUCUCCUUUAAUUGAAUUAGCUCCCAAAUCAAAAAUACGAAAACCAACCAUUACUCUAGGUAAUGUGGUAUCAAAACUUAUGCCUAAUUUAGUUGUUCCCAUCAACCUGGAUGAAAAUUAUAUCAGCAGAAAUCCAGACGAAGUUGAAAAAUAUAAAAACGAUCCUUUGAUUCGUAGUAUUGGUUCAUUACGUGGUCUUGGUGAUGUGAUUUUUGGUGUAAGAACAAUUUCAAAAGAAAAAUAUAAGAAUAUUACAUUACCAAUUUAUAUCUGUUUUGGUACCGAUGAUGCAAUUAAUUGUUGUGACACUGCAAGAGAAUUAUUUAGAAAACUUCCUUCCCAGGAUAAAACUUGGCGUGAAUGGCCCGGUCUUUAUCAUGAAACUGCUUCCUUAAGCUCUAAUGAUAAUAUUCAGAUAUCCACUUCAAGUAAUAACUCUGUUCCUUCUCCUUUAGCUCUUGCUUCUGCAUAG